AUGAACGAAGCUGAUUCUUCCAGUACUAGUUCAAGUCGAAUGAUUAUAUUGAACGAAAAAUAUCAGAAAACCUUUGAUCGCAUGAGAAAAAGACUCGCGUCAUCUAUAGAAAUACGAAACAAAAAACGCCAAGAAUAUCAUAAAUUUAUGACUUUUGGAUACAGGAAAUGGUCGGCGUUAGCAAUGGGCAAAGAUAUAUCCGAACCAAGGCACAGUCCAGAGGAUGAAAUCCGAUUGAAACAAGAGUAUGUAGCGGCAAGGAAUAAAGUAUACGGUGCCAGACAAGAAUUGAAAAAGUUUACGGAAAAGCAUGGUUUAGAAUUUCAAGAACCGAAAGCAGAUUCAGAUUGA